GUGAGAGAUAGGAUGAUAGCUGGGGAGGUGAGCAUGCAUAGCCCAAUUCUGGCCUGCUGGCAGCCUAUCCUCCUCCUGAUGCUGGGAUCCGUCCUCUCCGGUUCUGCCACGGGCUGCCCGCCCCGCUGCGAGUGCUCUGCCCAGGAGCGCUCGGUGCUGUGCCAUCGAAAGCGAUUCUUCGCCGUCCCCGAGGGGAUCCCGACUGAGACCCGGCUCCUGGACUUGGGUAAGAACCGAAUCAAGACUCUCAACCAGGAUGAAUUUGCCAACUACCCUCACGUGGAGGAGCUGGAGUUAAACGAGAACAUUAUCAGUGCCAUUGAGCCUGGGGCUUUCAACAACCUCUUCAACCUCAGGACUCUGGGUCUCAGGAGUAACCGACUCAAGCUCAUCCCCUUGGGGGUGUUUACCGGACUGAGCAAUCUUACCAAGCUAGACAUUAGUGAGAACAAAAUUGUGAUCCUCCUAGACUACAUGUUCCAGGACUUGUACAACCUGAAGUCUUUGGAGGUUGGGGACAAUGACCUGGUCUAUAUCUCCCACCGGGCCUUUAGCGGCCUCAACAGCUUGGAGCAGCUGACGCUGGAGAAAUGCAACUUGACCUCCAUCCCCACGGAGGCGCUGUCUCACUUGCACGGCUUGAUUGUGCUGAGGCUGCGCCACCUGAACAUCAACGCCAUCAGGGAUUACUCAUUUAGGAGGCUCUACAGGCUUAAGGUCCUUGAGAUCUCCCACUGGCCCUAUCUGGAUACCAUGACGUCCAACUGCCUCUAUGGACUGAACCUGACGUCCUUGUCCAUCACCCACUGCAAUCUGACUUCCAUCCCUUACGUCUCUGUCAGACACUUAGUUUAUCUCAGGUUCCUGAACCUGUCCUACAACCCCAUCCUCACCAUUGAGGGCUCUAUGCUGCACGACCUGCUCCGGCUGCAGGAGAUCCAGCUGGUGGGUGGGCAGCUCAGCACCGUGGAGCCCUACGCCUUCAGAGGCCUCAACUACUUGCGCAUCUUGAACGUCUCCGGAAACCUGCUGACCACACUGGAGGAGUCAGCCUUCCACUCGGUGGGGAACCUGGAGACGCUCAUUUUGGAUAAUAACCCUUUGGCCUGCGACUGCCGGCUGCUUUGGGUUUUCCGACGCCGCUGGAGGCUGAACUUCAACAAGCAGCAGCCCACCUGCUCCACCCCCGAGUUCGUCCAGGGGAAGGAGUUCAAGGACUUCCCCGACGUGCUCCUGCCCAACUAUUUCACCUGCCGCCGGGCGCGCAUACGGGACCGCAAGCCGCAGCAGAUCUUUGUGGAUGAGGGCCAUACGGUACAUUUUGUCUGCCGGGCAGAUGGCGAUCCGCCCCCCACGAUCAUGUGGCUCUCUCCCAGAAAGCACCUCAUCUCUACCAAAACCAACGGGCGGCUCACCGUCUUUCCCGACGGCACUCUGGAGGUGCGCUACGCCCAGAUCCAGGACAAUGGCACCUACCUAUGCAUCGCCAGCAAUGCGGGUGGCAAUGACACCAUGCUGGCGCACCUUCACGUGCGGAGCUACUCCCCAGAUUGGCCCCACCAGCCCAACAAGACCUUUGCUUUCAUCUCCAACCAACCCAACGAGAGCGACGCCAACAGCACGCGUGCCACCGUGCCUUUCCCCUUCGACAUCAAGACUCUGAUCAUCGCCACCACCAUGGGAUUCAUCUCCUUCCUGGGCGUGGUGCUAUUCUGUCUGGUGCUUCUCUUCCUGUGGAGCCGGGGGAAAGGCAACACAAAGCACAACAUCGAGAUCGAGUACGUGCCACGCAAGUCCGACGCCGGCAUCAGCUCUGCUGAUGCACCACGCAAGUUCAACAUGAAAAUGAUCUAA